UUCCCACUUCAAAGCCUCAGGUACCUUCCACACUGAAACACUAGCUCCAAACAAUGGCAACUUGCUUCCAGCAGCAACCAAGCAAUGUUGAAGAUGACUCGGUUAUUCUCUUCUCAACUUCCAGUUCACCUGAAGGAUCCACCAGCCUUUCCUCUUCCUUCUAUCACUCACCACUUUCAACUGACAAUUCCAAGACUUCUCACAAACUAACAGUGAGAAACCUUUCCUACACAAUUCACCUGAAAAGGUCAAUUCCUGAUACUUUUUUUCACCUGGGGCAAAUGCCUAAGCCUGUUGAGAUACUUAAAUCGGUCAGCUUUGUUGCUAGAAGUUCCGAAAUACUUGCCAUUGUGGGUCCAAGUGGCACUGGGAAAUCUAGUCUUCUCAGGAUAAUAUCAGGAAGGGUAAAUGAUAAAGACUUUGAUCCUUGUAGCAUCUCUAUCAACGAUCAUCGGAUGACCAGUCCAGUUCAGUUGAGGAAGAUAUGUGGAUUUGUGGCACAAGAGGAUAAUUUGCUUCCUCUACUUACUGUAAGAGAAACGCUGAUGUUCAGCGCCAAGUUCAGGCUCAAAGAAAUGACUUCAAAAGAGAAGGAAGAAAGGGUAGAGAGCUUGAUGCAAGAGCUUGGCCUUUCACAUGUUGCGGACAGUUUUGUUGGUGAUCAAGAGAAUAGAGGAAUUUCUGGUGGAGAAAGAAAAAGGGUUUCGAUUGGUGUUGAUAUGAUUCACGACCCUCCAAUUUUACUCCUGGAUGAGCCAACUUCAGGCCUGGAUAGUACUUCAGCUCUUCAAGUGAUAGAGCUGCUUGCUUCGAUGGCCAAAGCUAAGCGAAGAACUGUGCUGCUUUCGAUCCAUCAACCAAGCUACAGAAUUCUUAGAUAUAUUUCUAACUUUUUAGUCCUUUCUCAUGGCUCUGUUGUCCACAAUGGUAGUCUCGGAUUGCUUGAGGAAACCAUACAGAAAUUGGGAUUUCAAAUUCCAACUCAGUUGAAUGCAUUAGAAUUUGCAAUGGAAAUUAUGCCUGCACUGGAAGCAUCAAGCUUCAAAUUUUCUGUUGCUGAAGACGGAGACUCAUAUUCCUACCCGGUAUGGUCAGACGAAGAAUGCAUCAGAAUUCAACAACACAAUGAGGACAAACAGAUGGGAAAUUUUUGGUUUUCAAGUCUGCUUGAAAUUAUGUUUCUCUGCUCAAGAUUUUGGAAAAUUAUUUAUAGAACAAAGCAGCUUUUCUUGGCAAGAACAAUGCAAGCCGUUGUUGGUGGGUUUGGAUUGGCAAGCGUCUAUGUGAAGGUAAGGAAAGACGAAGAAGGGGUCGCUGAGAGAUUAGGUCUAUUUGCAUUUAGUCUAAGUUUCCUCCUUUCUUCCACAGUUGAAGCACUUCCAAUAUACCUCGAAGAACGGCGAGUUCUGAUGAAGGAAGCCUCAAGGGGAGCCUAUAAAAUUUCCUCAUACAUGAUUGCCAACACCAUAGUCUUCAUGCCCUUCUUAUUCGCGGUAGCUAUCCUUUUUGCCGGUCCUGUCUACUGGAUUGUGGGGCUUAAUCCUUCCAUUGCAGCUUUCACAUUUUUCACUUUUGUGGUUUGGCUCAUAAUCCUGAUGGCAAGUUCCCUGGUACUCUUCCUCAGUGCAGUCUCUCCUGAUUUCAUAUCAGGGAAUUCCCUCAUUUGCACGGUUCUUGGAGCCUUCUUCCUAUUCUCUGGCUACUUCAUUCCAAAAGACAACAUUCCAAAGUAUUGGCUCUUUAUGUACUAUGUUUCCCUUUACAGGUAUCCAUUGGAUACCCUGCUUACAAAUGAGUAUUGGAGUGUGAGAGGUGAGUGUUUCUCAUGGCAUCCUCCGGAUUAUUCCCAUUGUUUGCUUACAGGGAAUGAUGUCCUCGAGAGUAGAGGGCUCGAUAAGGAUACAAGAUGGAUGAAUGUUGGGAUCAUGUUUGGUUUCUUUUUGUUCUAUCGUGUGCUUUGUUGGAUCAUUCUUGCUAGAAAGGCUUCAAGAACAACUAUAUAGUUAUACCCCUAGAACCUUAUAGGAUUUAUAUCAAUACAGUUUUAGUUCUUAGAUAAAUUUGAUCUUUCAUAU